CCGUGUCUUCCUGCCGUCGCUGGUUGUCAGUGGAGCUCAGACAUGGCUGCUCUCAGUAAAAUACCGCACAGCUGCUACGAGCUCGGCCAUACCUGGAACCCGUCCUGCCUGCAUUCUGCUUUGGAUGUAACCAGGGGUGCCUUGGAGGUCUCCUUCAAAAUAUACGUCCCUCUUUACCUGAUAGCGGCAGUUCUAAGGAGAAAGAAAAAGGAUUACUAUUUAAAAAGGCUUCUCCCUGAGAUCCUGUGGUCUACCUCUUUCCUCACUGCCAAUGGAGGUCUCUACAUUGUUUUCUUCUGCAUUCUCAGGAAACUGUUGGGAGGUUUUCACUCCUGGUCUGCCGGGUUUGGCUCGGCACUGCCUGCCUCCUAUAUUGCCAUCCUCCUGGAACGGAAGAGCAGGAGAGGGCUGCUGACAAUAUACAUGACAAAUCUUGCCAUUGAGACAUUGUUCCGUAUGGCAGUGACACGAGGCAUCAUCAAACCCAUCAAACAUGGCGAGGUACUCCUGUUCUGCGUGACUUCAUCGCUCUACAUGUUCUUCUUCAGGAGUAAAGAUGGUCUCAAAGGCUUUGCAUCUCCUGCAUUAAAAUUUAUCAUUGGGAAAGAAGAGAUUCCAACUCACUCUGUACCCCUUGAGAGGGCAGCUGCUAUAGAGACCGAGGACUCCCAGGCGUCAGCAGAAAGGCCCAGCUCUAGGAGAAAAACUCUGGUAGCCUACACCAGGGAACUGCUAGAAUCAAUAUGCAGAAAGGGUCCAAGACACAGAUGUUGUAAACAUUACCAGGACAACUGCAUUUCCUACUGCGUUAAAAGUUUUGUUAGGAUGUUCAGUGUUGGCUACCUGAUUCAGUGUUGUCUUAAAGUGCCCUCAGCAUUCAGACAGAUGUUCUCUAAACCUUCACGGCUCCCCUCCCUCUUCUACAACAAAGAAAACUUCCAGCUAGGGGCCUUUCUAGGAUCUUUCGUCAGUAUCUACAAGGGAACAAGCUGCUUGUUGCGCUGGGUGCGUAAUAUCGAUGAUGAACUCCAUGCACUGGUUGCUGGCUUCCUGGCUGGUAUUUCAAUGUUCUUCUACAAAAGCACGACAAUAUCCAUGUAUCUCUUCACAAAGCUGGUGGAGACCAUGUACUUCAAGGGCAUUGAGGCCGGACGGUUCCCUUACUUUCCUCAUGCUGACACGGUCCUGUAUGCAAUCUCCACUGCAAUCUGUUUCCAAGCUGCUGUGAUGGAAGUGCAGAACCUCAGGCCUACAUACUGGAAGUUCCUGUUGCGUUUAACUAAGGGCAGGUUUGCUCUAAUGAACAGACAGUUGCUAGAUGUGUUUGGGACUCAGGCCUCCAGGGACUUUAAAGGCUUUGUGCCCAAACUGGACCCUCGUUUCACCACGAUGCUUACACCAGGAGCCGACGUCCAACUCGGAUGACUUGGGACCAGGCUCUGAGAGGGCCUGUAGGGUUACCUCAACAGGAAAUAGACAGUUCUGGCUGUUGUUUUCUUUGCUGUUAUGACAGCUCAGAAGGGGUGAUGUUGUGUUAUGAGAUGGAAUAUGCUUUGGAGGAUUUAAAAGCCCAGGACCUCCAAAGCAGAGUGUGAGUGUCAAGUGUGGUGUUGCACAAGCACAUUUACCGACUGGGAUUAUGUGGGUACAGGUAACUGGUAAAAUAAUGAAACACAUAAUUUAGUUUAAAUUCAGUAAACACCAAAAUUGAUUUAUUGGAAAAUAAAAAAUGAUUUCACUUCAGAUGCAACAACAUUCCUUUAAUCCUGUCAUCGUAAUGUUUUUUUUAAUUUGCAAGUUACCUGUAGGUUUGUACCAUUGGUUUGUAUACCGACUGAACUCAAGUUGGUCAUUUGGAUGGUAACUUAUGGUAUGAAUAAUUAUGUAGCCUUAUCAAAUAUUUUAUUCUGUAUGGGCAAUGGGACAUGUAUUUAGAUUGUGGUCUAUGAUGUAAAACACAGGUGGAAAGUCGCCAUUUUUAACCACUUUCUUCCCCCCCUAAUCUCUACCUUUACACACACACUAGUGUUUUUUUUUUCUUUAACUACAAUUGACAGAAAUGAUUGCUGUGUGAGUGAGUGACAUUAAUAGAUACUUAAUGGGUUAAAAGAAAGAAUCAAGAAAAAUACAAAUAAUUUAACCUUGAAGACACACGUCGACAAUAAAUACAGCUAAGGAAAUGUAAUAAAUUGUUUACUAGUACUGCAACUAUGUUUACUUGCACACAGUAAACCAGGUUAUUGGGUGAAAUCAUGUUAAGACAGGGAAUAAGAUCCCACUUACAGUUCAUGCUGAGCACUAACCUGAUUACUUUAUAGCCAUCUACAGGUUGCAUACUUGUCCCAUAGUUAUUUUUAAAAAGAGGUUGGUAUAUUUUAAGUGUAUAAGAAAGUCAGUGUAUAAGAAACAUGUAGUCAUAUUAUGCUACAGCUUGGAAAAAUGAUUUGGCCAGAGGUUGAUGGUACAUUGAGAACCGUACUACUAACUCCUACUACUUGGUGUCUCUUCCACCUCUGCUUUACAGUAAAAUGCAUAUGUACCCUGUAUUUACAACAGAAAGUGUUUAUACAGUUGAAACCAGAAGUUUACAUACACUGUAUAAAAAGACACAUAAUCUCUUUUCUCUCUGUCUGACAUUAAAUCAGAUUAAACUUUUCCUGUUUUAGGUCAAUUAGGAUUACCAAAAUGAUUUCUAUUUGCUAAAUGCCAGAAUAAUGAGAGAAUUUUUUAGACAAUGUUUUUAUUACUUUCUUGAAAGUCAGAAGUUUACAUACAUUUCAUUAGUAUUUGGUACCAUUGCCUUUAAACUGUAUGACUUGGGUCAAACGUUUUGGAUAUCCUUCCACAAGCUUCUCACAAUAGUUGGCAGGAAUUUUGGCCCAUUCCUCCUGACAGAACUGGUGUAACUAAGCCAAGGCCACCUUGCUCGCACAUGCCAUUUCAGCUCUGCCCAUAGAUGUUCAAUAGGAUUGAGAUCAGGGCUUUGUGAUGGCCACUCCAAAACAUUGACUUUGUUGUCCUUAAGCCACUUUGUAACCAGUUUGGCAGUAUGCUUCGGGUCAUUGUCCAUUUGGAAGACCCAUUUGCGACCAAGCUUUAACUUCCUGGCUGAUGUCUUGAGAUGUUGCUUCAGUAUUUCCACAUAAUGUUCUUUCCUCAUAAUGCCAUCUAUUUUGUGAAGUGCACCAGUCCCUCCUGCAGAAAAACAACCCCACAACAUGAUGCUGCCACCCCUGUAUUUCAGUUGGGAUGGUGUUCUCAGGCUUGCAAACUUCCCCCUUUUUCCUUUAAACGUAACGAUGGUCAUUAUGGCCAAACAGUUCGAUUUUAGUUUUGUCAGACCACAGGACAUGUGUCCAAAAAUUAAGGUCUUUGUCCCUGUGUGCAUUUGAAAAUUGUAAUCUAGCUUUUUUAUGUUUCUUUUGGAGUAAUGGCUUCUUCCUGACAGAGUGGCCUUUCAGCUCAUGUCGGUACAGCACUCGUUUCACUGUGGAUAACGACACUCUUACCAGCUUCAGCCAGCAUCUUCACAAGGUCUUUUGCUUUUGUUCUUGGGUUGAUAUGCACAUUUCGGACCAAAGCACGUUCAACUCUGGGACACAGAACCCGUCUCCUUCCUGAGCGGUAUGAUGGCUGGACAUUCCCAUGGUGUUUAUACUUGCGUAUAAUUGUUUGAACAGAUGAACGUGGCACCUUCAGGCAUCUGGAAAUUGCACCCAAGGAUGAACCAGACUUGUGUGCAAGUCCACAAUUCUCUUCCCAAUAUCUUGGCUGAUUUCUUUUGACUUUCCCAUGAUGUUACACAAAGAAGCAGUCUGUUUCAGGUGUGCCUUAAAAUACAUCCACAGGUGUAUCUCUAAUUAACUCAAAUGUUGUCAAUAAAUGUUGUCAGAAGCUUCCAAAGACAUGACAUCAUCAUCUGGGCUUUCCCAAAUUGUUUAAAGGCAUAGUAAUCUUAGUGUAUGUAAACUUCUGACUUUGAAGAAAGUAAUAAAAAAUUGUCUAAAAAAAAAAAAAAAAUCCUUCUCUCAUUAUUCUGGCAUUUAGCAAAUAGAAAUAAUUUUGGUAAACCUAACGGACCUAAAACAGGAAAAGUGAUUUGAUUUCAUGUGAGACAGUGAGAAAAAAAAGCGUAUGUGUCUUUUUAUACAGUGUAUGUAAACUUCUGGUUUCAACUGUAUGUCUUAAGAAAGGGUUGCAGGGUUUCAGAGAAUAGGUCUAAGUUUAGAAACGACCUUUAGUUUACAAAUUACAUGAGCAACAUCACUGUACAGCAUAAAGAGCCAAGACUUUGUAAUGUGAUGCACAAGAUUAAUUAAUGAAAUGACAAUGCAGAGCUGUAUAAUUUACAUAUAGUUCGUAAAAUCAAAGUUCAGGACCACAAAUUAUAUUCUCUACACAAAAUUCAAAAGGUCAUUGUUUUAGUCAACCUGAUCCUUUUCACUCUGGAGAUAUUUGGGUUAGAAAUGAGUUCAGUGUGAAAUAUUUACUAAUACAAGCCAAACACAGUCAAAUAUGUGGUUGUUUCACAUGAGCGAAAACAAACGUGUUGGCUGCUUCCAUUUGAAUUAAUACUUAUUGUCAGUUCCAGGUUGAACCCUAUCGUUUAAAAUCCACAUUGAUUGAAACCAUGUUUACUGAAGAUUUACUGAAUUUGUCAAAUCGAAGCGGGUAACAAGGAAUCUGUUUCUGUGAAUAAAAUGCACACAGCUCAA